AUGAAAUUGCUUAAUGAAUCUUAUGGUGAUUUAUUUGAAUUAUAUAUUGGAAAUAAUCGUGUGAUUAAUAUUUGUAAAGCUGAGUAUAUGGAAAAGUUAUUUAUAUCUUCAUCAAAAAAUAACAAGUUUCCACAUAGAUUUGGUCAUUCUGAAGGACUUAAAGAGUUAGGAGAUAAUGAUGUUGGAUUAAUAGGAAAUGCAAAUCUUGAAUGUUGGAAAUCUAGUAGACAUUUUUUUAAUUCAAUGCUUCUUCCAAAUUUUUCUGAAAGAGUUUAUGACGCGGUGAACAGCUUAUGGAAAGAAAUGGAAAGUAAUUGGUUAUCUAAUUAUAAUGAUUCGAAAAAUGAAUUUGAAAUCGAUAUGACAGAGUGGAUUCGCAGCUUUACUAUCAGUGUAACAUUUGAAUUAAAUUUAGGUAUUAAAACGUCCUUGAUUCAAGAUAAUAAAAAAUUGAUAAGUAUGAUCGAUAUGUACUUGACUUCCCUUGAAUGGUUCCUUAUUCACCCUUAUUGGAUGAGACAUUAUGUACCAUUCUUUCAUGCCCAUACAAAAAGGCUCCUAAAGAAUAGGGAUGAUUUAUUUGACAUUAUUUCGAAAAUUAUCAAAGAUCGAAGAAAAGAAAUUGAAAAUUCGUUGAUUAAUAAAGAUGGAAAAGCCGAACAAAUGAAUGACAUGCUUUCGAUGAUGAUAAUGUCUAAUACAUCUCUCAUUGCUGAUAAUUUAACCGAUGAUUUAAGUCCGGAAUUUAAGCGACCAAUGACCGAACGUGAAAUUAUUGGAAAUGUAUUGGAUACCCUUUUUGGUGGAAUUGCUACGGUAAUACAGUAA